AUGGCUCAUAGAGCAAGGUCUGGUUCUGAGUCCGACAUCUACAGGGCUCAGAAGGUGGUUCACGACUGCCGUGGGCGGGCGGAGGCACCACGUUUGGCAAGGUCACAUUCCCUGCCUGAAGUAGAAGAAGAGGAUGUGCCUUCCUGGCAGCGACUAUGGGAGAAAGAAGGAUGCCUCAACGAUUCUACCAGAGGUGAACUAAGGCGACAGCUUCAGCGCUCUUUCCUUGGAUACAGGUCUCCACGUGCUACCUCCCCAGAUCCUCUCUACAAGAAGUAUUGCGCUGAAGAAACUAUGAACUCAUCAUGCAAUGAAUGGGCACAUCAAUCUGAAUCUACCACCAGCCCGUCACAGAAUUCCUCGACCUCGAUGUUGCCUGAACUGUACGCCUGGGCUGAUAUGAAGACAUUGCAAGACUCGAAUGAAGGAAUUCAGAUCUUCUGCCUUCUUGAGCGGGAUGGCUUCUUGAAGAUCAUGGAUGGAAGAAAUGCUGACAUUGAAAUGGGAAAACUGAAUGUCAAAGAACUCGAAGUCUACUCUCCUAGCAAUGCAUCAUGCGAAGUCAUCAUCUCAACCAACGUCGAUGCGAGUGAUGAUCCUAACAACUCUCUCAGGAUCUGCUUCAAUGAGCCUGUUGACGCAUUGAAGUGGGUUGGAGCACUAGUAAUGUAUGGAGCUGCACAGAAGGGCACAACCAUUGCUGCUGGGAACGACCAGGUUUCAGAGAGCACAUCGAGUGAAGUGAAGUUGUACAAAGCCUCAUGGAGACAAUUUGCCUUCUUCAGCCGGAUGUCUUAUAAAGUAUUGAACAUUGUUGUGAAGAAGCUUCGCGAGGUGAAAUUCCAGGCUGGUGAUAUCAUUGUCAAGCAAGGAUCUGUUGGCGACAGCAUGUACUUCAUCGACACGGGAGUCGCGUAUGCAAUGUUUCGAGGUGAAAUUGCCCAAGAGCUUUCCACUGGCGACUUCUUUGGCGAGAUCGCUUUCAUUUCCAUGUGUGGAAAAUUGCUGGAGAACUCCGACGAUGACUGCAAAAGAGCAUGCGAUGUGGUCGCACACACUGACUGCCGCUGCUUCGAGCUCAAAGUACCGAACUUCUUGUCCGUCUGCGAGGAUAGCGAAUCUCAAAGACUGGAUCUCAUGCGAAUUCUGUCGCUUACCGCCGAAACGAGGAUGGAAAACAUUGCAAAGAUGAAGGAAAAGAUGAAGAACAACAAGAAUUGA